AGAUUUACGGUAUAUUUCAGUAUAUUUUUGAGGGUCAGACCGUACUUUGUAUCGAGAAGUUCGCGGUCACACUGUCGCCUACUCUUCCUUUUCCUGUUGUAUUGCAAGACGGACGUUACCGCCCGCACAAUAUAUUGAAACGUAAAGAUGGCACGUGGCCCUAAGAAGCAUUUGAAGCGUUUAGCCGCACCCAAGGCAUGGAUGUUGGACAAACUUGGGGGAGCUUUCGCCCCACGUCCGUCGACCGGCCCACACAAGCUGCGCGAGUCGCUGCCCCUCCUGAUCUUCUUGAGAAAUCGUCUCAAGUACGCCCUGAACGGUGCUGAGGUGACCAAGAUUGUCAUGCAGCGUCUGGUCAAGGUUGACGGAAAGGUUCGCACCGAUCCCACCUACCCAGCUGGCUUCAUGGAUGUCAUCACUCUCGAGAAGACCGGUGAGUUCUUCCGUCUGGUCUACGACGUGAAGGGACGUUUCACCAUUCACCGCAUCUCCGCUGAGGAGGCCAAGUACAAGCUGUGCAAGGUCAAGAAGAACCAGUUGGGAGCCAAGGGUGUUCCAUUCCUGGUCACACACGACGGUCGCACCAUCCGCUACCCCGAUCCUCUCAUCCAUGCCAACGACACCGUGCAGGUUGACAUUGCCACCGGCAAGAUCACCGACUACAUCAAGUUCGAUUCCGGCAAUCUGUGCAUGAUCACCGGAGGCAGGAAUUUGGGACGUGUCGGCACCGUUGUCAACCGUGAGCGUCAUCCCGGAUCCUUCGAUAUUGUGCACAUCAAGGACUCUCAGGGUCAUGUGUUUGCCACCCGUUUGACCAACGUGUUCAUCAUUGGCAAGGGCAGCAAGCCCUACAUCUCCCUGCCAAAGGGCAAGGGUGUCAAGCUGAGCAUUUCGGAGGAGCGCGACAAGCGUCUGGCCGCCAAGACCCACUAAAAAAAUAAGAGCAAAUGCUGGAUAGGGGACAGGAGUAUAAAGGACUUUUACCUUGUUGCAGAGCUCUGUACGUUAAGCUACGGAAUUAAAAACCAAGAACGUAAA